CGUUCCCACUAAGUCUAAAACUAACUCUCCGUCACGAUCCUCUCGCCGAUUGCUUGAGACCUCGAACUUGAAGCUCGAUCGCUUUCCGAUCUCUCUCUCUCGCCCCCCCCCCCCCCCCCCCCCCCCCCGGCCCCCGGUCUCUCUCUCUCUCUCUCCGCCCUGUAAUUUUAUGUGUCGAGAGUGAAUGCGGAGUAAAUGAUCUGAGCUGACGGUGAACGAGUGAUGGAGAUCGGAGCUGUGGAGAAGGGGGUGUGCUCGUCAGAAUCGGUGAACGGGGGGCAAGAUUUCUGGAGCUGUGGCGAAUCUGAUGCUUCUUCAGCUGAUCAUCUGGUUGUCAUGGUCCAUGGAAUCAUGGGAAGUGCCGCAGAUUGGAAGUUUGCAUCUGAACAAUUUAUUAGAAUCCUCCCUGAUAAAGUAUUUGUCCACUGUAGUGAGCGAAAUACAGCCAAGCUGACAUUAGAUGGUGUGGAUGUCAUGGGUGAGCGAUUGACACAGGAGGUCCUUGAGUUGAUUAAACAAAGACCAAAUCUACGUAAAAUUUCCUUCGUUGCACAUUCAGUUGGAGGACUAGUGGCAAGAUAUGCCAUUGGGAGAUUGUUUAGGCCUCCCAAAAAGGAAAUUGUGGAGGAUUUAUCACUUAAAUCCCGUGAAGAGGAAUUCAAGGGUACAAUAGGUGGUCUAGAACCUAUGAACUUCAUUACUGUGGCUACACCCCACCUUGGUUCAAGGGGUAAUAAGCAGGUGCCCUUUCUUCUUGGCGUGCCUGUCUUUGAGAAGGCAGCCAGUCUUGUUAUUCAUUUGAUAUUUAGGAGAACUGGAAGGCACCUUUUUCUUACUGAUGAUGAUGACACAAAGCCUCCCCUACUCAAGCGCAUGCUGGGAGAUUAUGGUGAAUGUUGCUUCAUGUCAGCAUUAGGUUCAUUCAAACGCAGAGUGGCUUAUUCAAAUGUUGGACAUGACAAUAUUGUGGGCUGGAGAACAUCAUCAAUUAGGCGUAAUAAUGAACUUCCUCAGUGGGAGGAGUCUUUGAAUGAAAAAUAUCCACAUGUCGUACAUGAAGAACUCUGUAAAGCAUAUGAUCCUGACAAGUGUGAACCCAUUGUAAUAGAAGAUAAUGGAUCUGACAAGUUAGAAGAGGAACUUGUGAUUGGCUUGUCUCGUGUAUCAUGGGAGAAAGUAGACGUCAGUUUUCAUGAUAGUAGACUGAAGUCUGCGGCUCAUAGUCUGAUUCAGGUUAAAGAAGAUAACAUGCGUUCAGAAGGCGCAGAUGUGAUACAACAUAUUAUCGAUCAUUUUCUCCUCUAGACGCUAAUCAACGUCUUUGUGACAACACAACCAUGGAUUUGUGCUGCAUUAGGUAAAUCGUCAAUAAGCCUGGUGCAAUAAUUCUCAUUUUUUCAGGACCAUUAGUUGGUCGAAUGCAUGGCUUAAUCUACCUCCUUGUGACAACCUAAUCUGCCACAAACUAGUGCUAAUGAAGCAACUUUGUAAAAUUUCCUUUUAUUGAUUUUUCCGGCAGUGUAAAUGAACGUGUGCCAGUGAAAUGGAAAUAUUUCAAAAUUUUUAUGAA